AUGCGGUCUCAGCUUCUUCGCGCUGCUGCGCGAUCAAGGGCCUCGCUUCCUGCUGCAACGAACAGAUCAUUCGGCUCCUCCGCAAGACGACCGGCUGAGGUCGAGCUCACUAUCGAUGGUAAAAAGGUGUCAAUAGAGGCCGGGUCGGCGUUGAUUCAGGCUUGUGAGAAGGCCGGCGUCACAAUUCCCAGAUACUGUUACCACGAGAAACUGCUCAUUGCCGGUAAUUGUCGUAUGUGCCUUGUCGAAGUCGAGCGAGUACCGAAACCCGUUGCCUCCUGUGCAUGGCCCGUACAGCCAGGUAUGGUCGUCAAGACCAACUCCCCCCUCACCCAUAAAGCAAGAGAAGGAAUCAUGGAAUUUUUACUAGCGAACCACCCUCUCGAUUGUCCUAUUUGCGACCAGGGUGGCCAGUGUGACUUACAAGAUCAAUCUAUGAGAUAUGGUGCCGACCGAGGCCGCUUCCACGAAAUCACCGGCAAGCGUGCCGUCGAAGACAAGAAUAUUGGGCCCCUGAUCAAGACUUCAAUGAACAGAUGUAUUCACUGCACAAGAUGUAUUCGAUUUGCCAACGACAUUGCCGGUGCACCGGAGCUUGGUUCUUCGGGACGAGGCAACAAUAUGGAGAUUGGUACAUAUCUUGAGCGAAACCUUGAUACCGAACUAUCCGGGAACGUCGCGGACUUGUGCCCCGUGGGUGCUCUCCUCCUGAAACCUGGCGCUUUCAGUUAUCGACCCUGGGAGCUAACCAAAUUCGAAUCAAUUGAUGUUUUGAAUGCACUGGGUUCCAAUAUCAGGGUGGAUGCGCGAGGUCUUGAGGUCAAGAGAAUAUUGCCCAGAUUAAACGACGAUGUCAAUGAGGAAUGGAUUGAUGAUAAGACACGUUUCGCAAUGGACGGCUUGAAAACCCAACGCUUAACUACUCCGUUAAUCCGACGAGACGGCCAAUUCCAGCCAGCGACAUGGGAGCAAGCCCUCACAGAGAUUGCAACGGUAUUCCGACAACUUGCACCUGGAGAGAACGAAUUCAAGGCCAUUGCUGGACAUCUCAUCGAAACCGAAUCACUUGUAGCUAUGAAAGAUCUUGCCAACAGGCUGAACUCAGAGAACCUCGCCCUUGAUCAGCCAGGUGGUAGUGCACCAAUUGCCCACGGCGUCGAUGUUCGAGCAAAUUAUUCCUUCAACUCCAAGAUCUUCGGAGUGGAGGAAGCAGACGCGAUGUUCAUCAUUGGCAGCAACACGCGUUGGGAAGCGGCUGUCCUCAACGCGAGAAUCAGGAAGCAGUGGCUGCGCUCCCCUCUCGAGAUUGCGUACGUCGGUGAACCAUUUGAAACAACAUUUAAAUACGAACACCUGGGCACCGACGCUGCUGCAGUGAAGAAAGCGCUCGCUGGGGAGUUUGGCAAGAAGCUGGCUGGUGCAAAACGCCCCAUGAUCAUUGUUGGCUCUGCUAUCGCUGAACACCCUGAUGCUGCCGCAAUUUUCGAAUCCGUUGGCUCUUUCGUUGACAAGAACCAAGCUGUCUUCAACACUCCAGAAUGGCAAGGCUAUAACGUCUUGCAGCGUGUUGCUUCUCGAACCGGAGCUUAUGAAGUUGGCUUUACAACACCUUCACAGAAGGUCGCUGACACGAAACCUAAGAUUGUUUGGUUACUUGGAGCGGACGAGAUCUCCGACAAAGAUAUUCCCAAGGAUGCAUUUGUGAUUUAUCAAGGUCACCACGGCGAGACGGGAGCGCAAUUAGCAGAUGUGAUCCUUCCCGGUGCCGCAUACACCGAAAAAUCGGGCACAUAUGUCAACACGGAAGGCCGAGUGCAACUCACCCGUUCCGCCGUCAGCUUGCCUGGCGCGGCGAGAACAGAUUGGAAGAUCAUCCGCGCAACUUCGGAAUUUUUGGGUGUUCCCCUUCCAUACGAUGACUUGGAAGUCCUGAGAGAUCGGCUAGAGGAGAUUUCGCCAGCGCUCCGGCGGUACGACACUGUCGAACCAAGUGCAUUGACGAGCCUGUCGAAGGUACAGCUUGUUGACACUAACAAGGGAGCCAAAGCAACGAAUGCCCCCAUUGAGCUACCGAUCAAGAAUUUUUACAUGACAGAUGUCAUCUCUAGAAGGUACGUAGCAUAUUGGAUGACACUAGAGUCCGAAGACGAAAUACUGACAAGAUACAUAGCUCUCCGACAAUGGCUCGCUGUUCAGCCGCAAAGGAAACGGGCAACCCCGAAACAAAUUUCCAAGCGCCUGGAGAACCGGAUUCGCAAAUUGAGUAUGGCGGGACUAUGGUCUAAAAAGGCCUUCAGUAUCGGUCUUGCGUUUAUUCAAGUAGAGUCUCGCAAGAGAUGUAUUUUUGCAGAAGAGUAA